AUGCCACGGAACGCCCCGGCCGCCGUCAGGGAAGCCUUCGCCCCCAGACGCUGCCCCAGCCUCCCGCCGGAGCUGCUGGACAACAUCCACGACCGACUGGGGUUCCUCGACCGCAUCGCCUUCGCCGCGGUCUUCGCAGCAUCCUGCGGCGGAUUCAAGCUAUCCGUGCCGUGGCUCCUCCUCCCCGGCAAGACCACGGAGACCACCGAGCUCUUCUCCGUCGCCGACCGGCGUGAUGCCACCGUGCGCGCCCCGGGCCCCGCGCUGCGCGGCCACUUCGUCGUCCUCGGCUCGUCCCGCGGGUGGCUCGCCACGGCUGACGAACUUGGUCAGAUCUACCUCGUCAACCCCGCCACCGGCGAGCAGCACGCGCUCCCGCACAUCGCCACCAUGGGCAUCUUCAACGACCGCAGGUGGCCCCACGACUCGUUCACCGUGCGUGUCCGGUGCUUUCUGACCAUCCGGUAUGGCCGCGGGCCGCCGUUCCCAGAUACUUCCUUGGGGCGUGAGGGGUACGGGGGCUACUCGUUCGCCCCCAACUAUAUGUUCUACCGGAAGGUUGUCCUUUCUCCGUGCCGCCCCGGCAGCUACGGCACCGCCAUGCUUAUCCUCUGGGAUGUUUUCGGCGCCCCGGCCUUCGCCACGGCGGACGACGGUGUCUGGAAGCUGGCGCGGUCGGAGGAUGGAGUCGAGGACGCCAUCCACCACGACGGCCAGUUUUACUCCGUCACCUACUCGGGUGUUGUCGAGGUGUGGCAGCGUGACGCGGAGUCUGGCGAGUACACAAGCACGGCUGUCACGCCAAGGCUGACCAUCGAAGAAGGCAGCUCGCGCCGGCCUCUCAAGUACCUGGUGGCAGCACCCGGUGGGCGGCUGAUGGUGGUGCUCAAGUACGGUCAUGUGACCAAGAAGCGGUACGACCGGCAAGGGUGGACAUGCUCGUUCAAGGUCCAUGUGCUCGGCGACGACGGGCAGUGGAAUGAGACAAGAGACAUCGGCGACGUCGCGCUGUUCGUCGGGGUGAACAACUCGCUGUGCGUGCCGACGAGGGGACGCUCGGAGAUCGAGGCCGGCUGCGUCUAUUUCACUGACGACAGACUCAGGGCCGUGCGCAAGGAGUAUUAUUCGCUUUGGGAUGAUGACGAUGUGGACGUUCGUGCUGUUGGGGUGUACAGCCUCAAGGACAGCACGCUGAAGAAGAUGGAGGCGCUCGGGCAAGAGUAUAACAGGUGCAGGUUCUCGCCGCCGCCGGUGUGGAUCACACCUUCUAUCCCAUGA